GAGUCCUCAAUGGGACAUUUUGCGACGGCAUGGAAGCAGUCCAUAAAAUUUAUAAGCCAUUGUAUGAGAUUCUUCGAAUUGUUGACACAGAAAUUCAGCCAACCAUGCCCAUAUUAUAUGAUAUGUUUGAAAGAGUGAAACAACAAAUAUCACAGAUGAGAGGAAAGAAAUGGGUGCUUAAAAUCAUCAAUGAUCGAUGGGAUAACACAUUAAGUCAACCAUUGCAUGCAGCAGCACAUUUCUUAAACCCAAAUUUUCAUUAUCGACAUGAUGUUGGUUAUAGCCUACAUUUCACAAACUCUCUGGCAAUAGUUGUCGAACAAUUUAACAUAAAUGGAGAAAUUGCGGAUACAUUUGUGGAUGAGAUUGUAUGCUUUAGAGAUGCAAAGGAAUCAUUUGGGUCAACCAUAGCAAGAAAAACAAGAGAAACCAGAAAUACAGCUGAUUGGUGGACACAAUGUGGGUAUUCUGCACCAAACAUGCAGAAAAUUGCAAUGCGUGUUUUGGCACAAACGGCUUCUUCUUCUGCGUGUGAGAGAAAUUGGAGUACAUUUGCUAUUAUUCAUACCAAGCAAAGGAACCGUUUGGCAUAUCAGAAGUUGGAAAAGAUUGUAUACUACUACUACAACAUGAAGCUGCGGCUGCGAGAUAAACAAGCAAAGAAUAAUGUGUUUGCAAUUGCAGUUUAA